GGUGUUGUAAAUAAGCGGGUUCUUUGAUUUGGAUAUUCUCUUCUCACAUGGCAUGUAGUUUGAAUUUUACUGAUGCUCUCUGAUAAUUUAACUCGGAGACAUGCAGCUGUCAUGAUAAAGUGAACUUAUUCCUUCACAAUGGAUAUACCAAUGUCUAUUGUCAUUGAAAAGACUCCGUUCGGAUUGGGGUUUACAUUAAAAGAUGAAGGUAAACCAUACGAGUCCACUGCUUUAGUGACUAAAGUUGCUCGAGGCAGUUCGGCGGAGGCAUCUGGCUUAAGAACAGGUGAUCGGAUUGUUGCCAUUAAUCAGAAACCUGUGAAAUCUAUGACAUUCUUAGAAGUUUCCAAUUUCCUCCGAAGUGGCAGCGAUCGAAAUAUUCAGCUUACAUUACUACAUAAAUCUCUUGUUCCUAACCAACCAAUUACUGAUACAAUUUGUGAAUUAUCACCGCUUAAAAUAUUGACUUCAUCUAAUAUCGUUAAUGGUAUUCAAAAUAUGUCUUUGAAAGAUUCCAAUUCUGCAUUUUUAUACACUACUAAUGCUAGUAAUACUACUACUAUUACUACUGAUGUUCAUAAAGAUGAAAUGAAGAUUUCACCUGACUGUACUUCGUCAGUUGUUCCAAUCUCUCAGUUGAAUAAACCGACACCCAAACCUCGAACUACUAUUAAUACUACUACUAAUACUACUGCCAACACUGGUAAUAGUAAUAAUUGUGAAAAGCUGUUUGAUAGUCAAGAAAUUAAGAAAUUGGACAAGUUAUCUAACAAUUUAUUACAUCCAGUUUUGUCACAACUUCAAGAAUCCGAAUUUGACAAUUCAUCAACGAGUCAUUUACUCUCAGAUGAAUUCUUAUCAUCCAAUGAAGCUCGUAAAGAAAACUCUUGCCCACCUGAUUCAAUUCAGUUGAUGGAUAAUUCUCCGACAGGAACUGACAAAACACUGACUAAGAUCAAACCUAUCGAUCAUAAUUUGAACACAUAUGAAUCAUCUAAAAAGUCUGGAUUUGAUUCUGUUCGAAUUAUUCGAAAACAUACAAUAGAUCCGUCAAGUAUUGAAGAUGUAAACACAGAUACAUUGCCAGUUCGAUUUAUUCGUAAACGUGCCUAUGCUUCUACUCGUCAUCCUGGUCGAUAUGAUCAAGUGAAAACAUUAACAUCAAUGAACAUCACUUCUACUGACAACACAAUUAUCACAAGUAAUACUACAGAGAGUCAGCCAGUUUCUGUUACAUGUAAAAAUGUCCAUACUUCACCAUGUCAACUUUUACCGGCUGUUAAUGUUUCACAUAAAAAUUCCAUCAAUAAUUACCAACAUAAUACUGAACCUAAAAUAAUUCACCUACCUCGACGUCGGAGCUCUACCAAUAGCGGUAGUGUUGUACAAGGAUUACAUUCAAAACACCAAAUGAAUGUAUCAUGUUUUACUCGUGAUGAUAAUAAUGAUGACGAGCAUGAUUAUUUGCUUGAUAAGCAACCAUUUCAAACUGGUACUCUUAAUAUUGGGCUGUUAGGAAAAGAUGUUUCAAACAUACAUGAAACAAAUAUCUCAUAUUCAUCACCUAAAGAAGAUUCACCUAUGCCAUAUCAUGCAACAUAUACCAAUAAGUCAAAUUAUGCUUCUGUUGGUACAUCACACCGAUCCAGUAAAACAAGUUUAUUAAGUUCACGUUUAUGGGCAUCAUUUGAUCAAGAUCAAAAUGAAUCUGUUUCAGAUUUGUGGACACGAGCCGGUGAAAUGUAUCACGUGCUUGAACAAGAAAGUCAACGUUUAGCCAAUAUGAAAACAAUAACGACAACUAAUACUACUUCUACGUCUACCACUACUACUAGGAGUAGUAAUAGUAGUAGCCGUAAAAGUAAAACUCAUCGACAUCCUGGCAUAUGGGAUAAUUAUCAACAAAUGAAUUGUUUUUCUGAUGAUAAUGAUAAGAAUACAGUUAAAAAUCUAGAAUUUUCUUCACAACUACCUUACUAUUCUAGUCCUAUACCUAAUUGUCAUAAAGAUAUGUCUACAAAAGCUGCUCAUUACAACUCUCAUUGUUCGGAAUCGAGUCGUGAUCAUACUACCGUGAACUCGACUAAAAAACGCCUACAGUUUCGUGCUUUAUGCUCAGGUCUACGAUCACAUCGUUCAGAAUCGAAUAUUCUAUGUGAUAUGUCUGGAUCAUUUUUGUCACGUCAAUGUUUUUGCAAAAUUCUUGCUAUCGGUGGAUCUGAUAAUAAAUCUUAUUCAUGGAAACCGUAUUACAUGCGCGUAUCUGGUGCUGAAGUGAGAUUUAUCAAAGCAUCUUGGGCAUUUCAUGGGUCUGGACGAACAACCAAAACUUCUAAAAGUAAAAAUGAUAUUAUCUAUCCAAGAAAUAAUAGUUUGGGUAAUCUUCGUGAUAAUUAUUGUUCUCGGGGAACACUGGAUACCUCUAAAUCUCAUGAUGAUUUAAAUGAUGAUUCUAUUACAUAUUAUUAUCCUACAUACAAUACCGAUAUGGAUUGUUCAAACAAUACUAUUAAUGUUAAUAAAUCAUUUAGCUGUAAUGCAUCGUGUUUAAUUCUUCCGAUACCCGGUCUUAUUUGGUGUUCAGAACAAUUGCCUGCCAAUUUCCCUAAUUGGUUACCUCUUGGUUGUAAUUCAAAUCAUAAUAGUAACAGUACUCAAACAUUAACUUCACGAAUAACCAGUGGUAUUAAUAACAAUAAUACUAGUGGAAUAAAUCCUGAUUGGAUGGAUCCUCAUGUUUCUGGUCUAUCUCAACAAAUUUUAUCAGAUCUCAAUGAUUGUUAUAAGUCGAAUACAGUAGAUUUCCAAAGUAAUACUACUACUACUAAUAAUAAUGUAAAUAUGAAUGAUGAAGUUAGUUGUCGGUCGAAGUUUCGUUGUUUUCGUUUCGCUCAUUUGACAGCUGGUGUCGAAUUAUUAUUCGUAUUUCCAGAUGAAAAUGCAGCAAUGACUUGUUUAAAAAUGUGUCAGCUUUCUGGUGGACGUGACUAUGAUUGUGUUGUUGAACAGUUAGGUCAUCGUAAUGCAUCUACAUUGACAACGUAUCGUAAAAAAUCCUCAUCUAAUCCAUAUGAAUUAUUUCUCCUCAAGUUAUCAUCGAUCUUAUCUGAAAUCCCAACAAAAUUAAAUCAAAGUUUGUCUCAUGAUUUUACAGUAAAAGGUAAUCAAUAUCGUGUACCUCCUCUAGCAAACAACGAUGAUGACGAUAUGGAUAAUGAUUACACCGGUAACAAUAACCCUGACGAUUUGGAUAAUUCAAUGCAUAGAGAUGUUUUUAUUCAACCAGGUAUUACAAAUUUUAUAACUACUUGUAGCCCUUUCAUCACCAAUACCUAUGGACCAUAUUGUUUAAUGAAAGAUAAAAGGCGUCUACAUCGACGUUAUGUUAUUCAUCAGUCAUCGACUGAUUCAGAUUAUUCAAAUGCUAUGGCUGAUGGUGAAGAUGUGAAUUCAAUAAAAUGUAAUAAAUCUGAUGUUGCUAAUAAAUUUCGAACACGAACUCGAGAGAAAAUUGAUUUAGAUGGUAUUCGAUCGGACAACACUGAGACAAUGAUAAACGAAAUCUCCAAUAAUAAUAACAGUAAUAAUCAGACAACGUCUGAUGUAACUCCUAGUAAUAUUAACAACAGCGUUGACGAUAAAUCACAUUCAACUAGUUUAAUUCGUACAAAUAAAAUACUACGCGGAUUCAAACAAUGGCUUCAACGUCCUGUUGGUGUAAAUAAUAAUAAUAUUAAUAGCAAUAAUAAUGCCAGUAGCACCAGUAAUAGUAUUAGUACUAAUGGUCCCUCAGUUGGUUCAAUUAAUUUCUCAACUGCAAAUAACCCAACCAAUACAAUGAACAACAUUGUCACCUCUACCACUGGUUAUUUUAGUGGUAGCUGUGGAAGUACCACCACCAGCAGUGUAAAUUAUCAUAAUGUAAACAGUAAUAACAAUUGGGAUAUAUCUUCUACCGUGGAUGUUUCACAUUCGGAAUCUCCAAAUAAUGAACAUAAAUUCAGCUCACUAAUGACAGUUGUUGAUCCUCCAAAUAUGACUGAUUUAGAUAGUCCUGGUCCUGUAUUCGGUGCUUCAUUAGAAUCUCAAUUAGAAAGUCCUGAUUAUCCAUGCGUUCCAGUCCUGUUACAAGCUAUUGUCAUAGCCUUAGAGAUACAUGGACUUAAUUUACCUGGUCUGUAUAGAAAACCUGGUCGACAUCGUACAAUUGCGCACUUUGUCUCUUCAGUAAACCUGCAUCCUGAAGAUAUUGACUUGAUGUUUAGUUUGGAUGCUUGGCGUGAACCUAAUGCAUUAUGCGGUUUAUUUAAACAUUUUCUUCGACGAUUACCUGUUGGAUUAUUUUCUUUAUCCUCUUGGGAGCCACUUUUCUGUCUUGUUCCAGAGAUUGGGAAUUCUUCCGAUAUGAAACAAUUAGCCUAUCUAUUACUUUCUAUUCGUGUUCAAUUGAAAAAAAUGGCAUUUGAUGCUUUUGGUAUUCCAACUAUGAACACAAUGCCUGUAGAUGUACAAAAUAAUCCUUCCUCUCCGACUAAUGGCUCUAAUGAAUAUCAAUUUAGCGGAGUGAAUUCCAUCAGUGACCAUCUAUUCAAACCAUCUAUAUCUCCACCUAUAUCUCCUCAGACUACUGUCGUCCCAUCGAAUACAUCCCACUUACAACUCAAAGAGGAUUUCAGUUUAAUGAAAAUGAGUAAUUUUAACGAAAAGGAGUUCAACAUCUCUAAACAAUCAUUUCGUGUUUGGCGUUGGGCUACAUUAUGCUUUAUCAUGAAUCAUAUAACAAGAGUUGUAGCACAUGAACAUCAUAAUGCAGUGACAUAUCAAUGUAUAGCUAUAUGUUUCGGUCCUGUUUUCUUUGGAAACUCAUCAAAACUUCCAAAAUUAAAUGAGGUUCUUGAACAUUUAUUUCGACAUUGGAAAUGGCUUAUUGACAGUUUACCAAUGAUUACAAAGAAUCCUAUCACAAAUAUCGAUUUCAGUACAAUCAAUGAACCAACUUUAAUGGAUGCUAUUACUUAUUUAACUACUACUAAUACUACUGCUACUGACAAGUCUAAACAACAAAAGAAACCAAUUCUUCAAGAUCAUAAUAAUAAUCAUAUUCAAAGAUUAGAUUUAACACAUGAGCCAAUAAAUAAUGAUACAUUAUUGUCUUCAUCUUCUAUUUUUUCUUCGGCACGACGUAAAUCUACCGAUGUUACUUUUAGUCAACAAUCUUCUAUAUCAUCAUCUGAACAAGAACAACAACUCACUGUUGAUUAUGACUUGAUUGUUAAAAAGUUUGAUAAUGAAGAUGAAUUGAAUAAAGAAGUUAUUGAACAAGUUCGCUCCUUGUGGUUAAAAGCUUUGGAUAAGAUGAAUAAUCAAUCACAUAGGUACUUACAAAUGAAAGAAAAAUCCUCUAAGUAAGUUAACUAAUUUGCUAAACAUUUACAAUUAAGAAGAGAUAUUUGCAUAUAUAUGAUUGUAUUUGAUCGCAAAAAUUAUGCGACUAGUUUAUUUUCUAGUUAGUUGUUGAGGAUGCUAGACCCCUAGAAAUAUCUUAUUUUGGAAAUUUGAACUUUUCAUGUUCGCAACAAAAACGCCCACUUUUACCUUCAGUUUGUAUUUCCCACUUGGAAGGACCUUAAAUGUCAUUAAUUCGUUUCCUCUUUUCAUACUCUAUUUUUGACGUUUUUUGUGCUGUAUAUAUAUCCAUAAGUUGUAUGCUUGUUAGUUCGUGCUUCUAAUUGGUUGUGGAACAUAGAUUUCCCUCUGUUGAAUCUGGUGUUCCCCCCUCUAGUUGUCAGGACUGAGGCGCAAUCGAAUCGUCUACCUUAUCCCGUUGUUGUAUUGUUUACUUUCGUUCCAUUCUCUGGUUUUUGGGUGAUAUCUUAAUCUCUUCAAACGUAGCUAUAGUUCAGAUUAAUCCCUUUAGCUAAUAUCUGCAUUAAUUAUUUGGAUUUUUUCAGUAUGCAUUUUUUUUAUCUUCUGUAUAUAGUAUGCUCUUAAAUCUAUUUGAUAAGUUGUUCAAAAUAGAUUUCUUAAUUUUCAAUGUAAACAGACAAUCCACUUUCCAAUUUUUAUAUGUAUAAACAUAAUCAGUGUAAUGAUAAUUCAUUCGAGAAGUCUACAUUACCCUACUGAUUCAGAUUAAUUCAUCUCUCUGAGUAUUAACAGUAAAAAAAGUCUUUAUCCUUACGAUUAUUAGCAGUAGGAAUAGUAAUAAUACAUUGUAAAUACUGUAAUAGCAUGUUGGUUUGUUAGAGGUAGAUAGUUGGAAACUCUGUUUGACCUCGGUCUCGUACCGAGGUUUACUGUGCAAUCUUGAAGAGACUGAUACUAUCCUAGGGAUUAGAACUUAUGUUCAGCCUGAGAUGUUAUCAUCACUGAAUCAUUCAGGUCACGAAUAACUUCCUGUAGAAGUGAGAUGGUUACAACUAUUCGAUGAAUAACCAAUAUCAUCUUGAUUUAGUUCAACAUCAGACAUCUUUAUUCAUUUCUUGUAGACAGAAUUCUUAUACUACACACUGGUAUGUAACAGGUUUCGAAUCACUUAGUUGUUAAUUGACUUAAUUACUGAAUAUUUCUUUCUAUUUUUACUUGGUAAACUAUUUCAGUGAUAACGCAUAUACUGACCAAUGAUCAAUAUAUAUGUGUAUAAGUGACAUAUACAUUUAUUAAAUACCAUCAAUGUACGUACUAUAAUAUUUUGUUUAAAUUUAUUAAUUAUUUUCUAGUUUAAUCAAAACCGCUGAUUUUGAAAUUGAAAAGUUUUGAGCGCACAUUGUGAUUGUGUUACUGAUUGAUUGCACAAUUAACAGGAAUGAUUAUUUUGAAGAGUUUCAGCUUUGUUUAAUGCUGAUUGCAUUGUGACAAGUUUUUUCCACUGUCAAAGUUUACCAGCUAUACUAAUAUUUUAUUCUGUAAAACAUUCACAGUUACUAAUUUCUUAAAAAGAAAAUCGUAUGACUAGUAUUUGAUUAUUUCUAUUGAUUUUAUUUAUUUGGACACAUAAACAUCGAAUAGAUAUGCGCUACGCAAGUCAAUUGAUUUGUGUGUGGGUUGUGAUACUGACCGGGUGCCUAAACCGAAACAGGUGGUUUUCUUAGACCUAAAAGUCUAAUCCACGAGGAAAUAGACCAACGUCAGGAGAUGCACUUUCAUGGUAUCCAGUGACUAACAAUAGGUUCAAACAUCAUUCGUCCCUUCAAGAUAUUGGAUCCCAUGUAUACCAUUGGUUUGGAAUGAGGGUUUUCCAACUCACCUAGUUGAACUCUCCGUAUCCACCAACCCGGUUACAUCCCCGGACAUUCGCUUUUAGUCCUUUCAAGCUCAUAAACAACACCCGUGGUUUGAGAAGGUAUUGAGUAAGAAUUCUCUGACAGUGGUUGUAUACGCGUGUUCAUGUGAGAGCAUUUGGAGAGGGAGAGCGGACCCUUCCCACUCUCGGCCGUACCAGGGCAUUUGGGGGCAAGCAGUGUGAGGGAUUAGAAUAAUGAUUUACAGUUGAUGGUUAAUGUUAGAAAUUAUAUUUAGGGUUUCCAUCACGAACUGACAUCAGCUAUAAUUUCAAAACUCUAUUUAUCUAAAUGGAUGAAUGAAUUUAGCGCCCAAAUCCACGACCUAUUAUCUUAUAUCUGAUUGGUUCGUCUAUAAAUUAUAAUCUCGUCGAAAUCGCUAUACUAUUGUGUGUUUUUCUUCUCAUUUGUAUUGCACAGAUUUAUUUACAUUGAACAUUCUUAUACACAUAAUGCCCUAAUCAUUUGAUUGGUUAAAAAUUUUUUGGUAAAGAAUCAUUUUGAAAUGUAAGAACAAAUGUCUUAUUUAUAUCUAUCUAUUAGAUUAAUUGUUUAUUUGAUCAUGUUUUCUUUUCCUUUUUUCUUAGAACAAAUUAUUUCAGUCCUAAGAAAACAACAAAUCAUUCUAAUAAUAAUAAUAAUACUACUACUGUUACACUCCAUCGUACAGCAUCAGCAAUUCCAAAAAAAUCAACUGAACGUAAUAGACAAAAAGGUGUUAGACGAUUAACUGUUGGUGUUGCCAAUUCAUUGCCUCAUUCAUCAUCAUCAACUUUAGAUUAUUAUUGCAUUUCACCACCAUCAUCAUCAUUAUCAUCACAACUUUUACAUACAAAAAAUAAAGAGGACACAUUAUUAACACAAUUGAAUAAUGUUAAAACUAUUUCUAACUUAUCAUCACCACCACCACCAUCAUCAUCGUCAUUAUCAACUUCCCCUCCUUCUACUACACGGUGUGAUUUAAUGAUUGUCCGACGACCUGUCAUUCCUGUGACAACUUCUCAUUCAACUACAACUAUUUCAUAGGAAGAAAUUAGUAAAUGGUGUUAUCCUCCACGAAAAUUGAUUGACUUCCUUGCAAUCCCUAUUUGUUACUGUGUGUGUGUGUGCUUUGUCAUCCUGUCUUUUCGUUCUGCUUUUUUCCCUGAAUGUUUAUUCAAGAAUCACAUUCAGUUUGAUUUUGUAUUUUUUUUGGAAUACGUUUAAGCCAAAUAUUAUUAUUAUUAUUAUCAGUUAACCCCCCUCCUAUAAAUCGUUCUACAUACACUUCUCUUCUUCCCCCAUCCAUAUAAUUUGUAAGCUGUUCAAAUACAAGUAAGAGGGAAUGGAAGAAGAACAAUACCCGGUUGUGUGUUUAUGACGAUAUACAUCUUGAUACCUUUUUCUGUGUAUAAAGUUUUUAUUCAUUCGAAUUUUAUCCAAUUCCAUUAUUUUGUGUAUUCAACAUUCAUUUGUAUGUUUACUAAUACACAAUUGUAUUAUUGUUGCUUUGAGUAAAAUCAAUUUUAUCUCUCUCUCUCUCCCUCUCUAUUAUUAUUAUUAUUGUUGUUGUUGGGGGGGGGGGCUAAGAUUAUCUUCACAAUGAUUUAUUAUUAUUCAACUAAUAAAGUACGGAUGAGUUUUCUUUUUUCAUCCGGCUUCAUCCAUAAAUUGACAUUUUAGAUCAUUCAUAUCAUUUUAGAAAAACAAGAUAAAACUACACUGAUUAAUCAAAAAAAAAGUUGUUUUUCUUUGAUAAUUUUUUUUCUUUCAUUUUCAUGCAAUACGCACAAAUAUGUAAUUAAUUCAAGAAAUUUCUCCUGUGAACUUCCAUUCAGAUUGACUUGGUUCCCUGCCUCAAUGAACGAUUGUUACUGUUGUUGUUCUCGUUCUUCUUCUUCUUGUUGUUUUUGUUCUUGUUGUCUACCUCGAAUUAUUUUCAAUUCUCCUAUUAUUACUAUUAUCAGUUUGUAAAAAUGAAAACAUAAACUUAUCCAUGGGUAAAAAUCUUUUUAAAAAAAAGUUUCUCUUCAGUAUUCGUAUGUUUAUUUGUAUGUAUGAAGAGAUUCUUGUGCUGAAAACUGAC